AUGAAUGAUUCAUAUAUCAGAUCACCACUAGAAGUAUGUUCAUACUUUAAUGUCAAUCAUCUUUAUGGAUUAGAUCCCAUACAAGUCGAAGAACAACGUCAAAAGUUUGGUAGCAAUGAACUAGAAGAGGAAGAAUCAACCCCAUUGUGGAAGCUGGUAUUGGAACAAUUCAAAGAUCAACUCGUACUCAUUCUUUUAGCAGCAGCGGCGGUAUCUUUUCUACUUGCGUUUUUGGAAGAUCAUGAUAAGACAUCAGCAGCAACCGCGUUUGUGGAACCAUUGGUGAUUCUUCUGAUCCUUAUUGCCAAUGCGACGGUGGGUGUACUUCAAGAAACAAGCGCAGAAAAGGCCAUUGAUGCACUACGUGAAUAUUCUCCCGAUGAAGCCAAAGUGGUACGUUCUGGUGGUGAAUGGCGGAAAAUACAUGCGGGUGAGCUUGUACCUGGGGAUAUCAUUACUAUCAGUGUGGGUGAUAAGAUUCCUGCCGAUUGUCGAUUGGUGACUAUAGAUACCAGUCUUCUUCUUGUGGAUCAAGCUAUUUUGACCGGUGAAUCCGAAAGUGUAUGUAAACGUAUCGAACCUAUUCAUGAUCCUGGUGCUGUCAAACAAGAACAAAUCAACAUGCUCUUUUCUGGAACAACCUGUGUGUUGGGGAAAGCCACUGCCAUUGUGGUACAGACAGGUGCUUCUACUGCUAUUGGUCACAUUCAUACUUCCAUCACUUCUCAAAUCGCGGAAAGGACUCCUCUCAAACAAAAACUUGAUGAUUUUGGUGAUAUGCUGUCCAAAGUUAUCACCGUCAUCUGUAUCUUGGUCUGGUUAAUCAACAUCCGUCACUUUGAUGAUCCCUCUCACGAUAGUUGGAUGCAUGGCGCGGUAUAUUACUUCAAGAUCGCCGUUGCCCUGGCAGUGGCAGCUAUUCCUGAAGGCUUGGCAGCAGUUAUCACAGCUUGUUUAGCUCUUGGAACAAAACGAAUGGCAAAAUGUGGUGCUAUUGUCAGAAGCUUACCUAGUGUUGAAACCUUGGGCAGUACAACCGUCAUUUGUUCAGACAAGACUGGUACUCUUACCACUAAUCAAAUGUGUGUUAAUAAGGUAUUUACUAUUGCUGGCAAACGUGGUCGACGAGCUGAAUAUGAUGUGGAAGGAUCAGAUUAUACUCCACUUGGGAAGAUUACUCAUGAUCAUGGGGAAGUGGACUUUUUAUCGGCAACUGAUUUUGUCUCUAUGGAACUUGCCAUUGCAGCUUCUUUUUGCAACGAUGCAAAAAUAGUCUAUGAUGAAAGUACAGACAGCUAUCGUUGUAUUGGGGAACCAACUGAAGCAGCUCUCAAGGUUCUUGUGGAAAAGAUGGGUACAAAUGACAAGAGAUUUAAUCGUACCUUGCAACAUAUGGAUAAGAAGAAACGGGUAUCAGCAGUGAGUGAUUACUUGGCGCGACAAUACAAACGAACAACUACUUUGGAAUUCACUCGUGAACGAAAAUCUAUGUCAGUAAUAGUAUCAUCGCGAACAAAAGGUGAUACACUCUAUGUCAAAGGAGCUUUGGAGUCCAUUCUGGAACGUUGCGACACUAUCUUAUUAGCGGAUGAUGAUGAAGAAAUCCAUCUUACUCCUCAUGUGCGUCGAACCAUUCUUCAACGGGCAGCAGAAUAUGGUGAUGAACUCUCUUUACGUUGUAUUGCAUUGGCCAAGGUAGAUAAUAUUGAUCUGGCGUCUAUGGAUUUGACAAAUCAAAGAAAGUUUAAUGACUAUGAAUCUGGAAUGACAUUUCUCGGCUUGGUGGGCAUGAUGGAUCCUCCGCGUCCUGAAGUACGUGAAGCUAUCAACAAAUGCAAGACAGCAGGAAUUCGAGUAAUUAUGAUCACAGGUGAUAACAAAAAUACAGCAGAAGCAAUAUGUCGACAAAUUGGUGUGUUCGAAAGGGAUGAUCAUGAUCUGGUAGGAAGAAGCUAUACAGGUCGCGAAUUCGAUGAUCUAUCACAUGAUGAAAAAUUGGAUGCGGUACGUCAAGCAAGUCUCUUUUCUCGUACAGAACCUUCUCAUAAACAUCAACUGGUUGAUCUUUUACAAUUGGAUGGCGAAAUCGUAGCGAUGACGGGUGAUGGUGUGAAUGAUGCUCCUGCUCUCAAACGAGCCAAUAUCGGUGUAGCUAUGGGAUCAGGCACAGAUGUGGCGAAACUGGCAGCAGAUAUGGUAUUGGCUGAUGACAACUUUGCUACCAUUGAAAAAGCAGUAGAGGAAGGUCGAAGUAUUUUCAACAAUACAAAACAAUUCAUUCGAUACUUGAUCUCUUCCAAUAUUGGUGAAGUGGUCUCCAUUUUUUUGACGGUACUCCUAGGCUUACCAGAAGCACUUAUUCCUGUACAAUUAUUGUGGGUCAAUCUUGUCACAGAUGGAUUACCGGCCACUGCUUUGGGAUUCAAUCCUCCAGAUCAUAAUAUUAUGCGGCAACCUCCAAGAAACGCUCAGGAACCUUUGGUUAGUGGUUGGCUUUUUGUCAGAUACACGGUGAUUGGUAUUUAUGUCGGAUUUGCUACUGUGUUUGGUUAUGUUUGGUGGUUUUUAUUUUAUACUCAUGGACCUCACAUCUCUUAUUAUCAACUUUCUCAUUUUCAUCAAUGCUCUACUCUGUUUCCUGAAAUUGGAUGUGAAAUGUUUAGUAACGAAUAUUCUAUGAAGGCUACAACCAUGAGCUUAUCGAUUUUGGUGGUGAUUGAAAUGUUCAAUGCGAUGAAUAGUUUAAGUGAAAAUGAAUCCCUUUUAACUUUACCACUUUGGGCCAACCCUUAUCUUGUUUUGGCAAUCGCUCUGUCUAUGGCACUUCACUAUAUGAUUCUAUAUGUUCCUUUUUUCAACCACUUAUUUGCCAUUUUACCUUUGAAUCAAGAAGAAUGGAUGGCUGUGUUUUGGAUCUCACUGCCAGUGAUUGUUUUAGAUGAAUUAUUGAAGUUUAUUACAAGAACAUGGAUCCUUGUACCUACACUAGUCGAAAAACCCAAGUUAGAAUAAGUUUAUUUUUAUUUUUUUUGUUUGAUGAACGAUUUAUCAAUCUACGUAAUAAAAACCAUAUCUAUUUGUUUCAUAUUUGUCUUUUCGUCCAUGUUUUUAUCCCUCGCGAACGAAAAUAUG